UUUUGGUACUUGUACAGAUUAUUUGGUUUUUAACCCCGAAAUUGCUCGUUUCUAGUAUACCUGCUUCUCUCCUUGCUUGCACGGACGCGGUGUGUUAGCCGCAGGGCACCCUUCUCGCGCCGUUGGUGGCCAUCGCCGCUUUCUUCCGUCCCUGCCGUAGCACGAUUUUUAGGGAGGGCGCACUUACGACGGGUGUGUUGCUCAUCGAAACCCAAAGACCCAAAAAAGGAGUCCACCAUCAUGUCCAGUAAAAAGCCAACCGUAGUUGACAGCUGGGAGGAAAUUGACGAAGAUCGGUUGCCAGGUUCGAUAAGCAUACUGAAAAACACGGGCAACAACAGUCCCCCACAGAAGGAGGGUCAAAGUGGGGGCUCGAAUACCACCGCUCGCCAGAGUACGCUGCCGGAGAUGCUGGAGGAAGAGCUGAAGCCCAAGAUGGUUGCGCGACCCAUGCAGAUCCUGAGACGUCCACAGUCUGACGCAGGUGACGGAAAGGGUUCCGCCGAAAGCAAACCGAAGGCGCAAGUGAAAUCGCUAGACCAACGGCAGAAAGAGUAUGCCGAGGCGCGGUUGCGUAUCCUUGGCUCGGCACACGAUGACGGCGAGGAGACAGAGACAAAGAAAACCAAUCCUCCACCGAAUGGUUAUCGAACAAAUGCAAGCAACAAUAAUACCACUAGUAACAGUAGCAGCAGCUGCAGCAGUAAUGUGACUAAAAGCGGCGGAUGUAGCACUAGUGGCGCAGGGUUGGUACCGGGCGGUAGUGCUAAUAACAACGGUGCGAACUACCGUUUCCAUGCACCACCGUAUCGGCAGCAGCAACCGGCUUCGCUCGGGGCCUUCCAGGCAAGUGGAGUACAACCAGCGGCAGGUGGUGCCAUGUUUUUUGCGUCAUCGCCGCCGUUGCCACUGCCCCACGCACCCAAUCAUCCUGCAAUGCACGGUGCCCAUCCGGCACUACACCUUCCGCACCAUUCGUUUCCACACGCUCCUCCGCAUCCCUACCAACAACAACAACAGCAGCAGCACCAGCAGCAGCAACAUUUCGCUCAACAUCUAAAUUCCCCCCAACCACCCCAUAUGUUCGUGGGUGGUAGUGGCCGCGGGGGCAGCAGUGCUAGUUACUACUCUAAGGGCGUAGCAUAUGGUGAAGUUAACGGAGCACCGAUGAUGCCACUGUUGGGCCAUGCCCCUCCAGGGCAUCUCGGUGCCGGGCCGUAUGUCGGAGGAGCUGGCUAUGGUGUUGGGAGUCCGAAUGGCCCCGUUGGGGGAGUGAAAGCUGGCUCUAGUGGGCCACCGAAUGGGAGCAACCAACAUUUGUUGCGCCUUCCGGCCGGCCCUGAUGGUUCGCAAGGUUUCAACAUGCGUCGGUAGCUAUCCGGUGGCCAGCGUGACGGAUAGCAUCAACGAAUUGUGCAUAGACAAGAGCGAGGGUAAUAGUUUUUUUUUACUGUUCCUGUAUACCGGCGUCGGCAAUUGAAACAAAACACUGGAUAAACUGUGGCUCUGCCCGCUUCAGUAGAUUAAUUAAUUAUAGCACCCAUACGUUGACAUACUCUUUUGCGUUUUGCGUGGUACGGCAGCCGAGAAGGUUGCGGUAUCGACAUGCUAGCAUUGUACAGAUUGGGCCGAAAGGGGCGCGUUCAUAAAUUGUCUUUCUCUACAAUCUCUACGAAAUUUCGGACGUGUCCCGGAAAUCAGCCGUCUCCUGAUUACCUUCAAAUUAGCUUCAUUACCGUUUAGAAACGACCCUUUUUGCGGCUGAAGGUGAUCUACUGUGGUUGUCCUGGCCUGGCCACGUGUUCGUUGGAGCAGUUAAAGCUACAAUAAAAUGAAAAGCUGACCAACCCGAUCCGAACCAGACUACUGCGCAGUGUUAUCGAGAAUUAUGAAGAAAAAAGAACACUAAACAAUCAUCGAUAUAUUAUA